AUGUCCAAAGAAUUCGGCGUCACCCCCACAAUCACAAACCUCUCGGUAGCAUUCUACAUGCUCGCAAUGGCAAUCUUCCCCCUCUGGUGGUCCUCCUUCUCCGAGACCCUCGGCCGCCGCACAAUCUACCUCCUCUCCUUCGCUCUCUUCGUCCUCUUCUCCAUCCUCUCCGCUGUCAGCGUAAACAUCGAAAUGCUCAUCGUCAUGCGCCUCCUCGCCGGCGGAGCCAGCGCCAGCGUCCAGGCCGUCGGCGCGGGCACCAUCGCCGACAUCUGGGAGCCACGCGAGCGGGGCAGAGCCAUGAGCAUCUUCUACCUCGGCCCCCUUACGGGCCCCCUGUUGGCGCCCAUCAUCGGUGGCGCGCUGGCGCAGCGGUUCGGGUGGCAGUCUACCAUGUGGACGCUCGCCAUCUACGGCGGUCUCGUCCUCGUCAUGAUCCUGUUCUGUCUGCCCGAGACCCUCGCGCGUCCCAAGCCCGCUGCUCUCGUGGUCUCGCAGCCUCGAGAAGCAUCAGACGGGGGCGGCGAGAAGAUUGCCCUGUCCCGUACAAAAACAACCGAAUCCGUAAAAGUCCACUCCAAAAAAGCAGCCGCCUUUUUCAAAAAGUCCUUCAUCGACCCCUUAUCCGUCCUCCUCUACCUCCGCUUCCCCCCCGUCGCCAUAACAGUCUGGUUCGCCGCCGUCACCUUUGGCGCUCUCUUCGUCGUGAACAUUUCCGUUCAGGCGACGCUCUCACAGGCCCCCUACGGCUUCAGCGAGCUCAUCAUCGGCCUCUUUUACUUCCCCGCCGGCCUGGGCUACUUCCUCGCCUCCCUCCUCGGAGGGCGCUGGCUCGAUGUCAUCAUGGCGAGGGAGGCGCGCAAGGCGGGUCGGUACGACGCCGACGGGAAGCUGAUCCUGUUGCCCGAGGACAGGAUGCGCGAGAAUAUCUGGAUCGCGGCGACGGUGUACCCCGCGUCGCUUAUUUACUACGGAUGGGUUGUGGAAAAGGGCCUGUUCUGGUUUGUGCCGUGCAUCGGUCUCUUCACCUUUGGCGCCAGCUCGAUGCUCGUGUUUGGCGCCGCCACGACCAUGCUAACUGAAUUCAUGCCCAAACGGAGCUCCGGCGGCGUGGCGGUCAACAACUUUGUCAGAAACAUUUUCAGUUGUAUUGGUGCGAUUGCGGCGCAGCCCGUUAUCAACGCCAUCGGCAACGGGUGGCUGUUCACGAUACUGGGCAUCUUUGCGUGGGUGUCGGGCUAUAUCUGCGUCUGGACACUGAGGAAGAAGGCCCCCGAGUGGAGGAAGAGCAUGGACGCGGCGUUGAAUCAAUGA